AUGAGACAAGAUAUACAAUGUCUACGAGGCAUCGCAAUCAUUUUUGUUUUAUUAUUUCAUUUUGCUCCCAACGUUUUUGUCAAUGGAUUCUUGGGUGUGGAUAUAUUUUUCGUCAUAUCUGGAUUUCUCAUGGCAAAAAACUUGACAAAUGUUAAGAUAUCAAAAAUCUCCGAUUUCCUCUUGUUUUACUAUAAAAGAUUUCGACGAAUUCUUCCUCUCUACUACCUUAUCGUAUUUCUAAUCACUAUCAUGGUCCACUUAUUUUUGGGUGAUUUUAUGUGGGAAAACAACAAUCGAUACUCCUUGGCAUCGCUUUGUCUGGUCACUAAUCAACUUGUCAUUCACGAUCAAGCAGAUUAUUUUAAUGAGUUUGCUGCUGUUCCAUCCUCUAUCAAUGCCUAUCUUCAUUUAUGGUCCUUAUCACUUGAGCUCCAAUUUUAUCUUUUUGUUCCUAUUCUAUUUUUUGGGAUGCAAAUUUUGAAGAGGAAUUAUUUGAAAGUUACUACCGUAAUCCUUAUCACUGUAUUUGGAUUCACUACGUUUGCCCUGAUCCUUGACAAAUUCGCAUUCAACUUCAUGUUCCUCAGACUCUGGCAAUUUUCCGCUGGAUUUUGUGCACUGUUUUGGAGCAAGAUUCGGAGCAAGAGCCUUCCCGAAAAAGAGCAAUCCGAUAAAAAAAUUAAAUUUCCAUUGGAAGCAAAGGAAAUUGCGACGGUCUCAUUAUGCAUUUUGGCAAUUUGUCUGAUGCCAAGAGAACUAAACGUUUUGGUUCUAAGACCAUUGGUGACGUUUUUCACAGCAGUGAUCAUUGCAUGUGAGGCGCCGAAUGUUCAGUUAUUUCAAUCUGAAACUCUCGUUUACAUUGGCAACAUCUCCUAUGUGCUCUAUUUGGUGCACUGGCCAAUUGUCAUCAUUUUUCUGGAUAAUUUAUUCAAAAGCUACAUCUUCUGCAUCUUAACCAUCCUCAUCACCUCAAUUCUUCUACAUCAUCUUUUCGAGAAACAAUAUCUGAAAUUCGAAAUGAGUGGAAUCAUUCCUUUGACCAUUUUGCUCCUCGGUGCAAAUGCAUAUCUACAGUAUAGUGUGAGAAAUUACGACUUCUGGAAGCUCGAUUUGCCGGCUGAGACCAGAGAAAUUAUUGAUAAAAACAUUGCAAGUUCAACAUUGCUCUGGAAUGCGGACACUUGGAAGGAUCCAUGCACAGAGAUCGUCACAGAGACACCAUUUCCAAGGAAGAACCUUGGAGGGUACUGUAGGUUUCGACGCGGCAACGGAACACUGUCCAUAAUGUUGAUUGGAAAUAGCUACUCAAGAAAUCUGGUGGAGCCCAUUAGAGCACAUUUCCAUUACAACUACUCGGAUUUCAUUUACAUGUCGGUUUAUGGAAACUAUGUGCUGUAUUCUGGCAAUUCAGUGGAUUCCCAACAAGCACUGCAAUUUUCAAAACAGCAGGUUGAGCUGUACAAGCCGGAUGUGCUUUUGGUGGUGACCAGAUACAUGGAAGAAAUAAAGAAUCCCGUUCAAAACAAUGAUCCUCUAGCCAGCCAGAUUAAUGAAAAUGUAGCAUUUUAUGAGAAAUUCGUGAAAAAACUCUACAUCUUGGAUGCGCACCCACUGUACCAUGAUAAUUUUUUGCACAUUUUCCUUCAUCAUUUGAUAACGCAGCAUGAUAAUUUAGAAUUUUUGCAUUUGGACAAAAAAUUGGCGGAUCAGGAGAUGCGCCCUGUGAAGAAACGGUUGGCGCAGAUCACGUGCAACAAGUGUCAUUUCUUCGAUUUGAGCCAUGUCUUUGUCGAGGAUGAUAAAUAUUUGACGUUUGAUAAGAGAACUUUGUUAUCAUAUGCUGACAACACUGUCCAUUUAACAAGUGCAGGAAUUGAACUUUGCGAGCCGGUUUUUGAAAAAACUGUUCGAGAAGUUAUGCAGAAUUCGUAA